AGCUGACAGGUCAGUCCAAGUGUCAGCCUACUUUCGGUUUGAGGGAAGCUUCAUAAUGCAAUGUUCAGAAUACUGAAGAAUAUCAGAUAUUGUGGAGGAUUUGGAGGAUAUUACACGUCAUUAAUCAAUUUUGAAUGAACAAAAACACUUGGAAAUUGGUCUCCAUGAUGGUGGUGUAUCCGGAGCUGAUCCCAGACAUGAGGCAGGAAUGCAACCUGAAUGGGACACCAGUCCAUCGCAGGGCACCAUGUAUACACACAUUCAUACACUCAGUCAAUUUAGUUUAAGUCAAUCCACCUAGCAGAACUCAGAGAAACCUAUGCAGACACAGGAACCACACAGACAGUAGCCCGAGCUAAGGAUUGAACCUGUAGUUUUGAGCCGGCAUUGUUACCUGCUGCAGAAGCAACAUAGUACAUUCAUCCCUCCAUCCAUCCAUUUUCUUUACCACUUAUCCUACACAGGGUUGCGGGAGCCUGAAGUCUAACCCAGGGGACUUGGGACACCUGGGGGGGGACACCCCGGACAGCGUACCAACUGAUCGCAGGGCACAAUCAUACACACACUCAUACACUACGGACAAUUUAAAAAUGCCAAUCAGCCUACAAUGCGUGUAUUUGGACUUGGGGAGGAAACCGCCAAAGCAUGGGGAGAACAUGCAAACUCCAUGCACAUAGGAGGCAAGACUCAAAUCCCCAUCCAUGGAGGUGUGAAGCAAACAUGCUGACCACUAAUCAACCAUGCCUCCCCAAGCAACAUAGUCUUGUCAUGAAAUCUUCAAAUGUAGAUAUUUAAAGCUAUUACAUUACUUAUAUCCAUCCAUCCAUCCAUCUUCUACCACUUACUCCUUUUCAGGUUCACGGGGAACCUGGAGCCUAUCCCAGGAAGCAUCGGGUACAAGGUGGGGUACACCCUGGACAGGAUGCCAGUCCAUUGCAGGGCACACUCACACACACAUUCAUACACUACGGACACUUUAGACACGCCAAUCAGCCUACCAUGCAUGUCUUUGGACUGGGGGAGGAAACCGGAGUACCCGGAGGAAACCCCCUACAUUACUUAUAUUUAUUCUUAAUCAUUGUUGCUGCAUUAUAUAUUUAUAUCACCUAAAGGACAAUUUCAUCCUGUACCUUUCUAGCAUUCUGUUCAAUCAUUACACAAAAAACCAUGUCUUUUUCUGCUUCUCUUCACCGUGUUGUUUUCUGUGUCCUCAGUAGUUAAUUUGUAGAGUUUCUCCUUGUUUGUGCCCUAAUCUCUGUGCAUUAUUGUGUGUUAACAAGCUCAUGUGAAUUGGAGCAAGAGGUCUGGGAACAACAUGCCAAACUUUCCACAUCAUGGGAUAUAAAUUGCUGUGUGGCGUGCGUUUAAGGAUAGUGAUGUCAUGUUUGCCGAAGGCAGUACCAUUUAUAGCUUGCUGAUAACUCAGUAUCUGACUGAAAUAAGUUUACACACCCUACAAGUGGACAAUGCGCAUUAUUAUUAUUGUUAUUAUUAUUAUUAUUAUUAUUAUUAUUAUUAUUAUUAUUAUUAUUAGACAUUAUAUGUACUUGUUUGCUUAAUUUUAAUUCGGUAAGAAUAUGGAAUCAGUCAUAGGAAAACUGCUUUGUUCAAUUGUUUUACAAAAACUACUGUUUUUAUUUAAAAUAUCAAAGGUUUCCUUUUGAUGGCUGAAGUUAAGAUUAGUGUUAGAUUUAGGUAAAUUAAUAAUUAAUUACCUGCAUGAAUAUUUAUGUGAAUAAUGUCCUCACAAUGUGUGUGUGUGUUUGUGUGUGUGAGAGAGAGAGAAAAAGAGAGAGAGUAGGAGGUGUAAAGUGGAGAGAGAGAGAGAGAGAGAGAGAGAGAGAGAGAGAGAGAGAGAGCUUUCCCAGGAACAAAUCCACAGCACACAGUGAAGUCUCUGUAAAAAACUGAAGCCAAAGCCACCAUCAUGCAGACCAGCAGCAGCCAGUGCUUUCACAUACCCAAUAAAAAGUCUCAUAUUAAAAGAGCGCUGUACGCUGAUGAGAGAAAUGAUGAUAAUGCAGAAGAGGAGGAGGAUCCAAGAGAAUAUUGCGAUGGUUUGCACCUCUGUUAUGUUCAAUAUGGAGGCUACCACCCUGUAAGAGUGAGCGAUGUUUUUAAUAAGAGGUAUAAGGUUCUGUCCAAGUUGGGUUGGGGCUACUUCGCUACUGUGUGGCUCUGCGUGGACCUCAGGUCUGGAAGGUAUGUAGCAGUGAAGAUCCUGAAAAGUGGAUCUGGCUUCACGCAGGCUGGCCAAGAUGAGUUAUCACUACUGCGCUGUGCCAGCAGUCCCUCAGCCUGUCACCCACUGAGAGGACGCAUUGUGCAACUGCUCGAUGAGUUCAAAAUAGCUGGUGUUAAUGGCAUCCAUGUGUGUCUGGUCCUGGAGUUGCUGGGUCCAGAUCUACGCUGUUGGCAGGUGUGUUUUGGCAAACCUGGCCUCUCACUCACAUGUGUCAGAAGAAUAAUCACUCAGGUGCUUGAGGGUCUUGACUAUCUGCACACACACUGUAAGAUCAUCCAUGCAGACAUCAAGCCUGAGAACAUCCUGCUUUGUUUGGGGCAGCAGCCUGUAGCACACACAACACACGUAAAUCCUGAGAACAUUGCAGUGAAAAUCACAGACCUGGGCAGCUCCUGCUGGGUGUAUAAGCACUUCUGCGAGAAGAUCCAGACCCAGCAGUAUCGGGCUCUAGAAGUUCUGUUGGGUUCUGAUUACGGGCCUCCUGCUGAUAUCUGGAGUGUAGCCUGCAUGGCUUUUGAGCUUGCCACUGGUGACCCGUUAUUUGAGCCCAAAACUGGAAAGAAUUUCUCUUUGGAAGAAGACCAUCUAGCACAUAUCAUUGAGCUGCUGGGAAAUAUCCCUGCGUCAGUGGCUCUGUCUGGGAAAUAUUCGUCAAAGUACUUCAACAGCAGGGGAGACCUGCAGAGAAUUCCUACCCUUCGUUGCUGGGGGUUGUAUGAAGUCCUGAUAGAGAAAUAUCAUUUCCUUCUUCAAGAGGCAACUCUCUUCUCUGACCUUCUGCUCCAAAUGCUGGACUUCCUGCCAGAGCGGAGAGUGACAGCAGCUCAGUGUCUCAAACACGCAUGGCUGAAACUGUGACUUUACAUUCCCUUUUAACCUUUAAAACCCUUCAGAUAUUUGACCUUUUACAAUUUAAUGUUUGAAUGGAUCAAUUUUUUGUCAAUACAAGGUUUGGUGCUUAAAAUUCUAUGACUUAAAAAUCGUCAUCAUAUUAUGACUAUUUAGACAGUGAAGUUUUUGUAUUCCAGCUCAGGGAACAAGGACUAUGAAAACAAAGGACAGAAUGUCAGCUGAAAUAUGAGCCAUAUAGAAAUUACAGCUCUUUUUAUACACAGUCAAGGAUAAAUGACGAUAAGGUUUAAUAAUAUACUACAAGUCUUUUGCAAUCAAUGAGUGUCUAAAUGUAUAUGUGUAUAUGAUAUGUUUUUUCUGCUUAUCUUAAUAAACAGAAAUAUAAACAUUAUCACUAACUUA